AUCAGAGUUGGGUACAAUACAAUUAAAUCCUUCUUUAUGGUGGGAUUCAAAGUGUCGCUUUGAUUAAGUUGACAGUGUUAUAAAUAAAUAUGGCGAAAAUAUUGACCAGGUUCGUGACUAUUUGUGUGGUCUUGAUGAAUUUUCAACUCGGGAAGAAUAAUGUCAAUGCAGCAGAUGAUAAGUACAUGCAAGCAUAUAGCAGACUGGUCUCUGCAUUGGAAGAUACCAUCGAUUGGAAUGAAACUCUUAAACAACUUCCUGGGUUUGACUGCUACCAAGAACGUCCACUUCACCUCCCGCCUCUUGGGAGAGAGCUAACAUUUUCAUGUGAUGCCCUUCCUCCUUCGGACGAGAUCCCAACUUCAGCACACAGAAUUCGGCCGGCAGACAUUAGGGUUAUUGGUGCUAUGGGGGACUCAUUAACGGCAGCAAACGGAGCAGGAGCAUGUUUUCUUCCUGAGCUUCUCUAUAUGUAUAGAGGUCUUACAUUCAGCCACGGAGGAGAUGAAAGCUUUGAAACAAAUCCAACUCUUGCCAAUAUUCUGCGGAAGUAUAAUCCUGACCUCAAAGGUUAUGGGGUGAAUACAGGAAUGUGGUACUCUGAUGAUUCAAGUAUGAACGUGGGCCAUCCUGGAGAUAUAGCUGCUGACAUGCCUAACCAAGCCCGGUGGCUGGUAUCAAAGAUGAAAGCUGAUCCGCAGAUCGACUACGAGAAUGAUUGGAAGAUUAUCACCUUGUUCAUAGGAGGUAACGACCUUUGCGAUUGGUGCGACAACAACGAGUACUACUCACCAGAAAACUAUGUCAAACAUAUCCAUGAGGGUCUUAUGAUUCUUCACGAUGAGAUGCCACGAACGAUCGUCAAUGUCAUAGGUACGAUUCGCGUUUCUGAAGUAGAAGUGUUAAGGGCCCCAAUAUGCGAUAUAUUCCAAUGGGCAUUUUGUCCAUGUGCAUUAUUUUUGACCCCCGAUGAGCGAGAGAACUUUGAUAAUCUCACCAAAGCUUACCAAGAAGCACUGGAAGAAUCGAUAACAAAUGGGCAAUAUGAUGAUAAAGAAGAUUUUACAGUUGUGUUGCAGCCUUUCUUACAUGACACAGUCGUUCCAUACACAGAGAGCGGUGAUCCUGAUUUCUCAUACUUUGCGCCAGACUGUUUCCAUCUCAGCGCUAAGGGCCACGCCCAAGGUGGUCUUGAACUUUGGAAAAAUAUGAUUGAACCUGUGGGUGGAAAGGCUACUACCUGGUCUCCAGACAAAAUUAACGUGACAUGUCCGUCUUCGGAGUUUCCUUAUAUCUUUACCAACGUGAAUAGCAAACCUGAGUUUUGGGAGCCAACACAGCCAGCUACAACAAGCAAAUCAUCUGGUCCAAUUGGAGCUGGAGUAUUAUCAAUGAUAACAGUUGCACUAGUAACUAAACUUCUAGCUACUCGUCACUGAUUAAAAAAAACUAUAUAAAAAUGGAUAAGAUGUGAUAUGGGCCAUGCAUGACUGGUACAUACCAUGAACUCACAAACCCAUGUCAAUAACAGGUUGAAAUGGUUAGGCUCUGAUUCACAGAACUUUUUUUUUCGAUAAAUCAGGCCUACUGAAUUACUCUUAGCCAAUCAAAUGUUACCAUCCAUUUCAUAAUCUUGUGACCGUAACUGGGAAUUUGUCACGAAUAACCUAUUGUACGGAACAGUGCUCAAAGUAAGGCUCUGAAAUUGUCGACUUUGAUUUGACAAUAAUCAUCUAAAUAAAAAAUCUGGAUGUUAUUUUCAUAUUACAUCAUUUAGCAUCUAUCAGACGACAAGGUUUUCCUUAAUUUAAUAAACUUGAGCAUCUUAUAUUUUGUAAGUUGAUGCAAAGUACAAUUAUGUUUAUUUUGCUACAGAUGGGGAAAAAUUUAUUGCUGGUAUAAAAUUACGUAAACUACUUCUCAAAAGAUUGUGAAACAUCCCUUUUUCUGACAACCUUCACCUAUGUGUGUACUGUUAUAAAAUACAAUAAAUUGAAUCAUACCUGCAUGCAAGGUUAGGUGGUAUGAUGUUGAUGACCUAGUUUUUAAAUAUAUUAUAUAUAAGAUAUGUCUGUUUUUUCCAAUAAAUGAUUUCUACUGUUAACU